UGGCGCAGCGAGGAGGGCGCCGCCCCCCCAGCGCCGAGGUUGACAGUUCGAGUCUCGCCUCCGCCACCUCCGACGGGCGCGCUGACCCCCGGCUCUGUCCCCAUGUGUGUGUGUCCCGUUCCCGGUGUCGAGCGUCCCCGGUGUGUGUCCCCCCCGCUCCGGGCCGUGCCGAGCCCGCGGCGGGGCGGAACUCAGCGCUUCCCCCUCCGCCAGCGGUGUGGCAACAGCUCCGCCGCCCUCCUCCUCCUUCCUUCCUCGUCCCAUGGAGGCCGAAGCCGCCGCCCGCGGCCCCGCGCCCGCCCCGCGGAGCGCGGUGUUCCGGUACCGGUGAGUGGCGCUGCGGGAGCGGCCCCGCGCGGGGCGGGGCGGAGGGGGCACCGCUGUCCGCGCUGUCCCCGCAGGAUCUGCGACGUGGACCACAAGCGCCUUUACCUGCGCGACGGGCGGCUCGUGGCCGGGCACCUGCAGGGGGCCAACGCGGCGCGGGAAGAGAAGGUGUUUUGGGUGCCCAACCGCGCCUUCGCGCCCGCCCGGCUGCCCGUCAUCAUGGGCAUCCAGAACGGGUCCCGGUGCCUCGCCAGCGCCCCCGGCCCCCGGCCCAGCCUGUGCCUGCAGGACGCCGACAUCCGGGAGCUGCCCCGCGCCGGGCCGGCCUCGGCCGCCUUCACCUUCUUCCGCUCGUACCGGGCCGGGCUGUGGCGCUUCGAGUCGGCCGCGAACCCCGGCUGGUUCCUCUGCACCUCGGCGCGGGGCCACCAGCCCCUGGGGCUCUCCCGGAGCCACGAUGCCACCACCCGCCUCGACUUCUACUUCAGCGCCGCCGAGUCCCCGGAGCCCGGCACCGCCCCUGGGGACGGUGACACCCCCACUGGGGACCGGGACCCCCCCACUGGGGAGCGGGACCCCCCCAUCGGGGGCGGUGACACCCCCCGGUGACCCUGGUGACGCCGCGGGGCAAUAAAGCUGCCGAGGGCACCUGUUCCCGUGU